GGGGUGCAGAUCAAAGCAUCAGAUUUCAAAUUUAGUUCCCUGAGAUAGCAAACACGCAUUAUUAAUAGUACCAUGCAACGGAGUUUACGAAAGGUUGGGCAGUACAAUGAAAUGCAAUCUCCAAUGGACUCUUCCCCUCAGAGCGGAAAAUCUUCGCUUUUAUGUUUACCCGUUGAAAUCCUCUAUGAGAUAGUUUGUUAUCUUAAUCAAUGCAAUUUAUUACAGGUUCUGUUGAUUAACAAAUUACUACGUGAUGUAGCUUUUCGAAAGCUUUAUUCUCGUAUAUACGUGCAGACUAGUUCUGUCCGCCAGCUAGUAGUAGGUGACUACGUUAACACUCCGCUUCAUAUCAACUACACCCUUGUUAAUGGUCGUGAAAAGCUUAUAUCUUUGAUGAAACAUACAUACAGUUUGCGGUUUUUGCGAGAAAUAUUAUUCCACGGAGAUGAUAAUGGGAUUGCAAUGGGGUUAUCUCGGGCUAUGCGAGAUUUUUUAGAUGGGGUUAAUAUUUACCUUUGUUACAAUUCUAUGGGAGAAGUGUAUUCUCGAGAACCUUAUUUAUAUCGCAAUUUGGUAAUUAUUAGAGAUAAUCAGUUCAUAUUUGAUGAGGAUAAUUAUUCAAUUCAAUCAUUAACCCUUCUCGCGUCAACACCUAAUCAAGAUUACAAUCAAGAUUUAUCUUUUGUGUAUCGUCUAAAGUCGCUUAAAAAACUAAGUUUAACUAUUCAAACAAAAGACACGCUCAAAUUACUAAGGUACAAACUUCCUGAAAAGUUACACAUUGAACAAUUAUCAUUGAAUUUUCGGAAUUUGUUAGGUAUUAACGUUUCGGCAUUGGUAACACUAUUUGACUUAUGUAACGUUACAUCGUUAUACAUUCGUAUUCCACAAGGCUACUACAAAUUUCUUCCUACGUUUGUUGUGCCUGAGAUUAUCCAUUUACUUUCCCAAACCAUCAAUGUUCGUAAUUUUGGAUUGCUGAACUCGGCCCCAAUCAAUUAUAUGAAAGUCUUGCGGGCAAUAAGGAAAAAUACGUUAAAUACAUUGUACUUGGAACCAUGGUAUGGCCACGAAUUCAGUCACAGUCCAAAGAAGCUAUUAAAGAUACUACAUGAACAACAAUUAACAUUGACAAGAAUAUUCUAUGGCAAAAAUUUCAAUGCCCAUGGGUUUGAAGUGUUUGAAGAAGUUUUCCGAGUGCAGUAUGGACAACAUAGGUUAGAAAGAGUAUUAAAUAAACUUAGGAGAGAAGUAUCAAGUCGAAAAAGACUCCCAUGUUUGAAACAAAUUGUGUUAGAUCAGAUGCAUUAUUUUACAGUGACAACGGCAAAUGGAAACAUGAAUUUUAAAUCCGUCAGUUAGGUUGUUUGGUGUAUAUAUGCCGAAGCUCACUACCAAAUAUUCUGUAAAUUUCUCACAAAUUUAUUCAAAUAUGUAGAACAAUCGAAAUUCAGAUUCUUUAUGGUGCAUAUUAGUUAAUCUCAUACAUACUAUAUUGAUACAUAAA